ACUUUUGGAGUCAGAUUUACACUACUUUGCAUUAGCACGUUGUGCUGUGCAGUCCCUAAAACACUUUUCCUGCCUUGCCUUGGAGGACGGUUCCAUUUUGCACCUGUGUGAUGUAGAGUUUGGAGCCCACAAAGGGAGGGGAGAAACAAAUUACACUAACACACCAACAACUGUACAAAAGGCAGUUAUUUGACUGGCUGCUGUCUCUGUGGAUUAUUCUACAAUAAGAUUUUAAUCAGGAAACAACAAAAGAAACCCAAAAAUCAUGCCUCUGUUAGGAGUUCCAGCACCACCCAAGAGGAAGAAGUCUACAAAAUUGAUUACAGAGAUCACACAUGAUGUCCUUACAGAAACGGAACCUGAAGUCGGCAAGCUCUAUCUUGGGAAGAAGAUUAGUGUCCCAAGAGACAUCAUGCUAGAAGAGCUUUCAUUGCAGAACAACAAAGGCUCCAAGAUGUUUAAGAACAGGCAGAUGAGAGUGGAAAGAUUCAUCUAUGAGAACAAUCCAGAUAUUUUCAUUGCUCAAGGCAUGGAUGACCUCCCAAAAUUUAUUCCUGGACCUGGUGGGAGAAUGGGACCUGGAUACAGUGUGGUGGACGGACGUAGUGGGCAAACAUUAAUAACCUCAACAACUGACUAUUAUGCAGCUGGUGGCAGACAGCUUCAUCCCCCAGUGCCCCUUCAAAAACCAGGGGAAAAAGGCAGGACUGCUGCAGGAGGCGGAGCUGGACAGCACGGUGGCUCUGGUGGCAGUGCUGGUGAUGCUGGUGGUGUUGCUGGUCAGGAUGAAGCAGGUCAAGGUGGUGAAGGAGGAGAUGCCAAGUCUGGAGGCAAGACAUCAAUCCAUAUUAUUAAAACAUAUAUCUCCCCUUGGGAACGGGCUAUGGGUAAUGACGCUGAACUAAAAGCAACAAUGAGGCUCAUGCUAUCGGCUCCUGGCCCACGACCUGACCUACUGAAAUACAAGUGCUUCAAUAGAACUGCCAUACCUUAUGGAGGAUUCGAAAAGGCAUCCAAACUGAUGACUUUCCAAAUGCCAGAAUUUGAACCAAGCCCUCCAGAACCAGAGUGUAUUGUGGUCUUUAACCAGGACGUCAAUGUUAGACCCUCAUUCAACAGAACCCCAAUUCCCUGGGUUGGCUCUGGGGAACAUGGGAGCCUCAACAUUGAAAUAAGUGUUCCUGCUGGAGCUGAAACUGAAGAGCUGUAAAUAGUGCACCAUCAUGACAGUGUAAUAUGGAGCCUGCUGGGAAUGAAAUAUUAUCAAGAAAUAGUUUAUUUUGGUUUCUGCACUUUACAUUUUGCUGGUCUAAAUUCUCAAGAUUCUUCAAAACUGCUGCUAAAGUUCUUUGUUUCAAAAUAAAUUAAUUGCUUACUAGUCUGGAAAGCAUACUUGUGUUUCUGCCAGACAAAAUCAGCCAGGUAAAAUCAGGACAUUUUACUACCCUUCACCCAAUAUUUCAGAAAGAAAUGGGUCUAAAACCUGUGCUCCCUGCAUUGCUUCAGCUAAAAUGUCUCACUGAGUGCAACAAAUCUGUUCUUUGAGAAAACCAAUAAAAUACUGGACAAUGAAA